CACAUACGCGCGGGGCUGCAGUGUGAGCGCGCUGAUGGAGAGGGGAGGGACGCGCACGGAGCCUCGGCGCAGCGGAGAGCUUCAGUCCCAGCGAGCUGUCUGAGUGGAAGGACGCACUUUCCUCUGCGCUCCUGAAGGAAACAAACGGCUGGACAGUAGCACACAUCACCACCCACGCACACUCAGAACACCAACACACAGUAAAGGACACCGUCUGAGGAGAUUUGUUGGGGAGUAAAGGAUUCUGGGGAUUUUUACGCAAGUCAUGGCAUUUGUUUGGAAACUACUCGCUCUGUUGGAGGCAACUACUUCACAAAGAUGAGACUCCCAAGUGCGGAUCGACAGCAUCCAGCGGUUCUCUGUUCCUCUCAGCUGGGACAAAGUCUGGGAAGCUGCCACGCGUCUCCCCCCACCAACAAAGCCAUACGCGUAUCUCCGGUCACCUUCUCAAAUGAUGUCUUGUGGCGACGUGCGCCAGCGUGCGCGUGAGUGACUGACUGGCCGAUAGUGUUUCUUUGAGAGAGAGAGGAAAGGAGGCUGGAUAGAAACAGCAGCCCGGUUCUCAGGCAGCGACACCCAGACACCCAGAGCAGCCGUCUCUCCUCCCUCCCAGCUCCUCAGACCCAUGCAGGAUGCCCGGAGAGCGCCGGGGAGCCCUGGUCCAGCUCAGCCCGAGUUCAUGACGCUCUGGGCGGCUUCGUCAUGCGUCUCUUGCCCGAGCCCAGCGCACAGUCCCUCCGACUCCUCUUCCUCUUUAUCUUCGUGAUGGGGGUGGCCCCUUCCCCGGCUCUCACAGCCGGCUGCCCGGACAGAUGCGUGUGCGACGACCAGCUCGUGGUCCAGUGCGCGGGGCAGGAUCUCACCCAGUUCCCCAACGACCUGCCGCUGGCCACCCGGCAGCUCAUCAUCUCGAACAACCGCAUCGGGGACCUGCCGGCGCUGCAGCUCAAUUACCUGUCCGAUCUGGUCUAUCUGGAUUGUAGCAACAACUCUCUGACUGAGAUCUCCGAGUCCACCUUCGGGAACUUGCGGAAACUCGCCUACCUGGACCUGUCGUUCAACACCCUGCUGCAGAUCGAGGACCGGACUUUCGGGCCACUGGCGUCUCUGGUGAUGCUCCGGCUGACGGAUAACCCGAGUCUGGGGGAGAUCCAUCCGGACGCUUUCUCGGAGAACAUGGCUCUGCAGGUGCUGGAUGUGAGUCGGAACAAUCUGACGGCCCUGAACAUCAGCAGCCUCAUCGCUCUGCCGGCUCUGCGCUCUCUGGGGCUCAGCGGAAACCCCUGGAGGUGCGACUGUGACACGGAGGACCUCUGCCUGUGGGUGCAGAUAGAGGGGUUCAAGUUCCAAGAUGAAGGCCAGACGGUUUGCCACAAUCCCCCGGAGCUGGCGGGCCAGCGGCUGGCGGAGGUGGGCAUGCAGCUGCGAGCGGACUGCCACCAGGGCCUGGGCUACUGGGACUACCUGUUCUUCAUCGCCAUCGGCUUCGUCAUCUUCUCGGCCGGCACGGUGUCGGCCUGGGUAAUGGGCGUGCUCAUGGUGCUGUACGAGCGCUACAGCAAGCGGAAGAGCGAGGAGCUGGACAGCGACGACGAGGACGAUAGGGGAGGAAUGGGAGGCGGAGGCGGAGGUGGAGGCGGAGGGAACCAGGGUAACGGAGAUCUGAGCAAGCCUGGCAUGCAGGUGUGACGGACUGAUGUGGAAGGACAGAUAUCACUAAAGACAAGGGAGGAAGGGAGGAGACCAAAGGCUCCGCUAUGAACAAAGAUCUGCCUGUCUGUCUUUGUUACAGAUUUAGAUAUUUGCAAUGUGCUCCUUAACAUAUUGGAAAGCGAGUGUGUGUGAGUGUGAGAGUGUGUGUGAAGAGAGACAGACAGACAGAGACAGCAAUAAGGAUGCUUUCACUUCAGGAGAACAGAAUGACCUCUGAGAUUAUUGCGAGCAAUAACCCCCCACUCCCCCAACACUCUCACACACACACACACACACACACACACACACACACACACACACACACGUUCAGCUUAACCACUCAAGAGUCUACGGAGCUGCUGGUUUCUCUGAGUGGGUGGACGUACCUGCACACUGUGUAAAGUGCUCUUGAGUAACACCCUGUAAAUGAUGAUCAUGACGAGAAACAAACACACACACACAGCUCAUCCGUACAAAACACAUCAGAAGGUGUUAAGGGGGUCACAAAGAGAGUGAUGCCUUAUCUCUGCUGCAGUUAAAAGGUGAAACUAGUGUUAAAAUGUGAGUUUCCUGAAUGCCUUAAGGCACCUAAAGCAGUCAUUAGUCACUGUUGUCUCCUAUCGACAGAGUUUGUCCAGAGAGAACAAAAACCCGAGCAGUUAGGACACAUUAAAGUGAAAGUACAAACCUAGAAUGAAGUAGAAUUUACAGGAAGUUAACAAAUACAACCAGUUCUGGGACUUGGCAGUCAAAGUGAGUUUGAUUUUUUUAAUUAAAAGGCACCUUGUGGAGUUUUCCAAACUGCUGGUGGUUUCGGUGGAGAAAUAUUUUGUAUGUGGAUUUGUGCACUACUGCUUAAGUGAUGCAGAUUUUAAAUUAUUUGAGAAAAACGGCACGUUUUAAGUGUUUAUACCUCAAGGAUAUGAGCAAAUGACUUUAAUAUCAUACAUUCUGAAUGUAAUCACAACUGUUCUUUGCUGGCAACAAAACUGCACAGGGUUCCUUUCACAAAGCCACCAACACAAUCCUGUUUUUGUUGACCUUUGUUGUGUUUGACCUUCAUACAUGAUGCACUGUAAAUCUACACAUAACGACACCCAUCAGUAGAUUUGCUUUCCUCGCAGCGGCACUCAUUUUUGGCUCAGUUUGUAAGGCGGACAUUAGGAGCCAUGCUGGGUUCAGACUGCACGAUAUCGGCUCAACCAGAAAGAUGUCAGAAAGGGACUCGGAAGUGAACAGGAGUGUAACAUAAGGAGGCUUUUCACUGCAGGAACUCAGGGGAGACAUGGAAUGACAGGAAUGACAGUGCAGAAGCUUCAGUGUCAACUCAGAGUGCACCAAAGCAGCACCGACACUCCACAUACAAUUUAGAACUGUGGAAAUUGUUGUUGGUCUAAAUGGUGAAUUUUAAGCUGCUAAUGGCGAUGUUUGAGAGCAGAUUGCUGCUUCUGCUUAUAUGGCGCUUAUUGUCCUCUCAUGAACAGUGUUGUCUUCAUUGUGUUUACACAAUCAGCGCUAAACCCUACAUAGCAGUUUUAUUCAAAAGGCCGCUUAAAAAUGUCUAACCUGGAGUUGAUACUUGUUUCUUCCCUAAAAACAAGGUUCUGCAGGGGCUUAGAUCACCUUAAAACUCCUCACAGGUUCCUGCAGUGGAAAACGGUUUACACCAACUCUGAAUAUGGACCGCUUCACGAUGGCUUUCACAAACAUUUUUAAACCUUCUCUCAUGUAAAGUGACAACAUGGUGAAAUGUCUUGUUGGUGCAGCCCACAGACAUGUCCACUGUUUCCUCUUUCUUUAUGUUUACUCUUUUCCAAGCACAAAACAGUCGGUAUGGUACACGACAUAACCACUACAUCGUGUUUGGGUAGUUGGUCCUCCACUCAAACGGCAUCACACAGGUUGUGAAAGUCAAAAGGCCAUGAUCAGUUACGACCACUUUCUAAUCUAUCAGGAGUCACAGAAAUAAUUUACGACUUUAUAAUCACCUAAUCUGACACAGUGUAGAAAUAUUGUGUAGUCUGAACCUGUCAUUUGGCGCCUUUAGCUAAACAGUCGGUGGUUGAUAGGGAAUGAAAGCACUCGUUAAUCCUCAAAUAAACAAAACCAAUGUCGAAAAAUGUGACGAAAACCUGGGAUUUAUGUUUAAUUUUGUUAUCUGUAGAGUGGUACAGUGUCCUGAUCACUUCAUGCAAAUGUGAUGUUUUCGUUUGCAGCCAUUUUCAACUCUUUACUGGAGCAGAAACUUCAUUGCAUAUUACAUACGUACAUCAUUUAUUCACGUUGUCUGUUUCCAUAACACUUGCAUCUGGUUUUUAUUGAUACUAGAGUUCCACUGACAGUUUUUUCAGGGCCGAUACCAGUAUCGAUUAUUAGUAAUCAAGGAGACCGAUAACGGAUAUUUGAAAUAUUUGCAGAUCAGAGCUUAGAAAAACACAAAUUCUAAUACAGUACUUAUGCUUAUCUAAGAUUUCAAUAGGCUUAUUAAAAAAGGCUUUUUUUCAUUUAUCUUCUGGUGUUGAUUGGCUCUUACCUGAGCUAAUCAGCAUCAGCAUCAGAAUCUGCAUCAGAGCCUAACUAGCACUUUUGCUAAAUAAUUUUAUUUAUUGGGGGUCAAGUUUAAAAGACUACUGAUAAUUGGAAGUAGGUCAGUCUCCUAACUGAUUCACCUACACAGAAAAAUAUGGCCAAAAGACCUGCUGAUACCUGCUCAGUUACUCUUAAAGGUCAAUCCAGUGCAGAGAUGGACAGAAGAAGUCAACUCAUAGUGACACUAAGUGACUCCAUCAUGUCUCCUGUUUACUGUCUCCAUCUUUCUGUGUCUGCAUGGUUUGUGGUUGCAGUAGUUGCUCACUGUGAUCUCCAACCUACUGUAGCUGUAGAAGUGGGGCAGGUUCAUGAAGACGGCGUCAGUCUGACAGAAUAUCUCUAAUGAUGGCCUGACAUUAUGUGACUGGACGUUACAGGCGCCACUCUAUUACCCGACUGUCAGCGAGGCCCCUGGAGUAGUCGUAGUAGUAACAGUGUUCAUGUAUGCGUGACUGUGUGUUUAAGUGGGGCAGAGCGAUCGCAGAGCAUCUCUGUGAGCUGCAUGGAUGAGUGAUUCAUGAGCGCAGACCGAUCCAAAGCCAUCCUACUCCAUCCUGCUCCGCUUCCGGCCCGUCCGUCCGUCACAGGACGGAGAUGAUGAACGGCUGGGUGGAGGCGGGGCGGAGAACGAGCCGGGGGGUCACCAUCAGAAGCAGGAAUUCAUCCUGAUUGAUAGACUCGGCAGCUUUAUUGAGACCGAUUGAAAGCUGGGCUUUUAUUCAUGUUCCGUGCUGAGUGGAUCCAAAUGCCUUGGAUGAAUGGGCACGGUUAAAUGAUGACUCUCCAAAGGGUCUGGCAGCGCCUGUCACUGUGUGUGCGCUUGCGCAUGUGUGCGUUUAUGGUGUUUGUGGCUCGGAUCAUGACGGUAUAUCUUAAAGGUUAAUGCACGAGUGACAGCAGCUUUUUGUUUUUACAGUGGGAGGUUAAAAUGUAAUCAAAAUCAGUAACAUGGGAGCUCCUUCGCAGACACUUCCUUCCUUCACUCAAAAGCAGGUAUCAGCUCAUGCACACACACACACACACACACACACACACACACACACACACACACACACACACACACACACACACACACACACGAGCACAAUAAAUCUCAAGGGCACAGCUAAAGUCAGAGCCGCAGGCCUGGGAACAUUAGCACUCCUGUUUUGGUCUCUCUUGCCAUGCAUGACUACAUCUUCUUGUCCUCCCCUCCAUCCUCAAUCUGACACUGUCAUCAGCCUUCACACAAUGCCAGCACACGCUCACACACACACACCUGCACCUAUAAUUUACCUGAUAAAUCCUCAGCCUGUCAUUAUCGGAUCAUUUAUUCAAAGGGAAGCUUAGGAGGCUUUAGCGGACCUGCUUCUUGUGUUACAUCGCAUUCAUAGAAAGACAUUUGUCCUACAAGAGGCGACAUGCCUGCAUACGUCCUUAAAUGCAACGCUUCCUGUUUGGAAGAUACUUGGCUGAAGUGAAUGUCAGUUUUGUGCUGCUGAUAAAUAUAGAGCUGUUUAGCAGACAGAAAAUGUGAGUCCUUUGUCAGCAGCAGGUCAGAGGAUAAGAGAGUCAGUCAGUGUGCCACAAAGACGAGAGGAGUGAGUUGAGGCGACAUGCUGGUGUUAACUCGUCACAGGACAGAGAGCAGGACGGAGUAAAAAUACAGUUGAUCUAAGAAGAAGAGGACUUUUGUGUUUGUGCACACGUAUAGGCUCAGUCAAAGGGUGUAAUCAGCAGCCGGGGGGUGGAGGUUUGCUGGUGAAGAAAGGGACUUUUUGCAGAGGAUCCGAUGUGAUUUUUUUGUGAGUCUUGCUGCUAUUGGAUUUGGAGGAAAGUGUAAUGUUUCAGUGGCUGCGGAGUUCCAAAAAAUCGACAUGAAAAUCAUUGCCGAGGGCGAUGUUCUGGAUGCAGCCGAUUCAAGCAAGUGAUGAAUGAGAGGGAGGGGCUGCUUUGUAACUUCUGCCCUCCUCUCGUCAUCACAACACUCAUUGUGUGUGUGUCUGUGUGUGUGUUUCAGUGUGCGAGUCUGGAACAUUCACACUUUACUGCGCAGAGGAAGAAAACAUCAUUAGCCUGCUGAUCAGAAAUCAAAGGUUAUGCGGUGGCUCUCUGUUAAAGCUGCAGAACCAGGUCUUCAGUUGCUGUAUGUGUGUGUUUGUUUCUAACAUGAGAUUCCUGAUGCGCCUUCUGAUAGACCUGAUUUUAUGUCUUUUCUUUUAGAUUUCUCUUCAGUUUUAGUACAUCGUGUAUCAUGAGCAAUAAAGAACUGAAGGAUGAAGGACGGAUACAGAAUAGUUUUCUAAGACUUUACUUGUUAAUACUGAAAGAAAUCAUCUGAAUUCUUGUGCUGUAAUUAAACAGGAAUUCUUACAUGAAUAAAAAAAAGUAUUCAGUAAAAUAUUGUAAGAAUUUUUAGAUCACAAAUAAGGGCACUCUUGAUUUCUCAAAACAUUUUUCUGUUGCACAUACAUGCAUUUGUGCUGGAUGUUGCUUUCAAAUUUUCGUGGAGACUAUUCCUCUUUUUGAUGCUGUUUAUCGCUGAUUAUACUUACAGAUCAGUUACUCACAGCAUUUAAACCGCCUGCCUAAUAUUGUGCAGCUCUUCCUCGUGCCACCAAAACAUCUCUGACCUCCAGGGGUCUGAAAGUGUCAAUGGAUCCUGUGGGUUUGCGGAGGGGCUCCUCCAUGAAUUGUACUUGUUUGAUGCCUCCUUGCAUGCUCAAGUGAUUUGGUAUCUGCGGAGUUUGGAGGCCAAUUCUGUGUUUUUGCAGUCUGGAAAUGGGCAUUGUCCUGCUGGGGAGGCCACUGGGAGUGCUGUUGCUAUGGGGCCUGAACAAGGUCUGCAGUAAUAUUUCUGUGGGUGUUGCUGUACAUGUCAAAGCAGCAUCCACAUGAACACCAGGGCUCAAGCUUUCCCAGCAGAGCAUUGCAUUGUAAUAAGAUAAUCAAUGAUAUUCACUUCAUCCGUCAGUGGGUUUAAUAUUGGGACUGAUUGCUGUGUCCUGUAACUGGCGUGUGGAAGUCUUUCAUUGAUAGUGGCGGAGUUCAGCAUUCACAUGCUAGAGUCAGUCUGCAUCUAAUUUUGCACUUUCAAUAUCAUCUCACUGAUAUUAGCUUCUGUGUUAAGUGUUCUGCCUGUUUUAAAUUACAGCUAAUUUCGAGACCUACAGGAUGUAAACUUUGGGCCUUAGUCUGUCAUAUUAGCCUGGCUUUUCACGCAACUUUCUCCUCCCUUUUCUCUAUUUGUGGUACAAAAUCUAUGGGAAACAGCAACUGCUACUGAGCAGCAACCUGCCAAUCGUGCAAAAAGACAGACCUGCUCAGUUCAUUUUAGCUAUUUUAUUGACAGUGCUUGCUUCCCUCUGUGCGAAUGUUCCACUGAAACAUUGCUAUUUUGCAGGGACAGCAUUGGUGAAUUCCAAGUUUUAGACCACAGAAGAUUUGGUUUAAAGGAGUGCUAGCCUGACUCCCUGGAUGUUGGAUGUGGGUUUGAGCCUGGCAUUGCUUUGACCUCUCCUUCCGCUAUCUGUGUGUCGCCAUUUCCUUCGCGAGCAACCUGACAAUUUCAAGUUUUGCACGGGAUUUAGAUUGUGCAGUUAGGCGGAAAUGCAAUUUUUUAAAAAGUAGGAUUAUCCAUUUCAAUGACAGCGCUCGUCACAGUGAUCCCACCAUUUUGAGGAAACAUAGAAGCUGUAUACUUUGCUUCGUUUUGCCCACAAUGACUGCAUUUGGUUUAAAGAAAUACAAACAAGCCAGAGAAUUUCCCUCCAUAUAGCAGUCUGUUGAGGUGCAGUCAGACCUUUAUGUUCUACAGAAUGGACUGGCAAACCAAGACUAAAGAAGUAAAGAUGAGCGCUUUUGUUUGUCCUCUUCCUGUAGCAGAAUAAUAAUAAGGUGCAGUCAGACCAUUCUGCAGUACUGUGGGGAUAAGUCUGAACACGCAACACUUCCAACUGCAUCAAGUUUAAAGCACUCACCUGGUAAAACCCCUUCUAGUGAAGGAUGCAAUUAUUGUUGAGCAACAAAGUUAUUUAGCUGCACUAAACAGUCAUUUUUCUGUUGCAUUUCUGACUGCAUAGGUGCUCAAGUAGUAUUUUAUGCCACUGUGCAACCACAAAUCAACCAGUACUGACAUCUUAAAGCUUUUGACUGUGAGGUGUGAAGGUUGAUAUUCAUACUUGUGUUCCUACUAUGUUUGGGUGCGGUUGGAGAUCAUUUUCACAAACAAUGUUAAGGAAUUCUCUGUCUCAGACUGUCAUAAACCUCAGUAAUACUUCAGCCUGGCUCUAUUUCCUAUAUAUUGAACUGUCAGCCAUGUACGGCUUUAGAUUCCUCAGAGUUUGAACUCCAGACAUGCACCCACACCACAAACACACAGGCACAUACCCACAGUGGGCACUGGGAUAAGAGUCAGGGGCUUAGAGCAGGAAGCAGAGGCUCACGCUUGACUUCAGUGAAUGCAAGUACGGAUCUUUUCUCUCCCCUCUCCCGCCUGACAACUUUUCUCUCUCCUCUUUAUCUGUCCUCACACCCAGCUCCCACCUGCUCUGCCUCACAGCUCUCCACCCCUUCCCACUUUCCCCUUUUUCUUUCCACUCCCUCCUCCCUUUUGACUUCAGUUGUGCUGCCAACUGUUCAGCCGCUCCGCUCACACCACUGGCAAGAGAGCGGGCUCUAAUCCUUCACGCAGCCCUCAAAACUCUGCCUGCUGGAUCUCACAGCUUUUUUUUUUCCUUUCUUUCCUGCCCCUUCAGAAAGCUUCCCGUCAAACAGGCAGACCAGGAUUGUAGGCAGACAAACGGACACAUAGAGAUGGACAGGCUUGCAGAUGGACAGAAAUGGUAAACUAAGAACACAAAACCCCAGAAGCACAACAGCAAACGCAAGAGCCAAAACAUUAGUUGUGUUCACGCAACCAUUACUGUGUGUUUGUGUGGGUGGCUUUGAGUUUGUGUGUUCGUUCUGAUCUGAUGCCGUUAUUUCUCUGAGGGCGAUGCAUGAAGCACAGAGACCAUCUAAUGCAAUAAGUCAAUAAUACAUCCCAUCAUUGCACACACAACACACACACACAGCACAAGAUAGCCUUCCAGGGGGAAAGAUGAGGGUUUUCUUCUUUGUCGAGGCUUCGUUUUAGAACCAAGUUUUAUUAUUCUCCCUCGCAACAUGUCCUGCACUCACCACUGAUCGUAGAGCUGCAGAGGACGAAGUCGUAGUACUGAUCGUGCUCCUAAUCUCAUUUAUCUUAGGAGGUUGGAAAUCAUGCGUGGAAUAUUCUAAUAGGAACCAGGAAGAGGUGAAAAGUCAAAAUCAACAGCUGUUGUGCAUCACUUUCAGCGUGACCCCACUGUGAGAGCGCACAAACAUGCACAAAUACACACAGACACACAUUCAAAGCUUUCUGAAGAUGACAUUGUGUGGGAGCAGAGGAGAGCGUAGCUGUCAGCAGGAUUCCCUCUGCCUGCUUAACCUUGAAUGGCAUUAUGAGAAUCCUAAGAAGAGAGGAGGAAAAACACAACCAGGAGAGAAAAAUUCUGAUGUGUUACAACCUGGUUUUCGUUCCUGUAACUGUGGCUAAUGUAACUCGGCUAACUUUGCAGUCAACACUUCUGCUGUAGGGAUUCUUGAAAUGUGACCCUGACAAAUGAUCACAUUAGAAUUAGAAAUAUUUGUCUAUAAAGCUCAUUUCAGAUUUUUUCCCAUUCAUCUGGCAGAAGGGCUUCAUUUCUGAAUGUUGAUCACCUACUAAGUUGGAGCUGUUCUGUAUCACUUUUGAAAUGGCAAAAGUGUGAGCUGCAUGCCGUCAUGUUAACACACAAGCAGGAAAUUUGAGUUGCGUGAGCGGAUCUGGUCUUCUCCCACAUUUUCAGUUCCAGCAAAGACACAGUUUGCAUGUCAAAGUCACUAUUUUGGGUCAUGUUGCAAACUGAACUGGCCACAAAAAUAGCACUUUACUGCAAUGAAGUCAGACUUCAAAGUGUCAGAUUAAUGUGAUCAGGAAAAAAAAAAGGAAUCCAUGUUUUUACAAAACAUCAACUGGAGUUGAAGUUUAUUUUGUUGCUUCCAGCUGUUUGGAGGAAUCUUUCCUCUGAGUUUAUUAAGUACUUGCAGUAUGAUUGAUAUUGGCAUCACAAAUGGACAGAAUUCUCAGUGUUUAGGAGGUUAAGAAGCAAUAUUAGUUAUCUGGACAGGUUAAUAAGUCUGCUAUUAGUUUAGUCUUUAGUUUAUUAGUGCCUCAUUAUGCAUUAUUUAUCACUUUAUGUUUAGUUGUCUGAAUUACAUGCUGCUGAAGCCCAUUUCAGACAUGGCACAUGUCUGAAAUGGGCUUAGGAAAUACACAAAGCAGUCCUGUAGAUUGUGUACUAAACUCUGUAAGGGUCUCCAAAACCAGCGGCAGCUUGGUGACUGCAAAGUUAGCAUGAGUCAGAAAGGCCACAGUCAACAAUUCUCCUUUAAUAUGAGCUAUCCUACAAAACAAAAUGUUCUCAGAGUUAAUGAGAAGCUUUCAGAAACACAACCUUUCUGUCAGUAGACGUUGGGUGGACUGUGUGUGAAACAGACCUGUCAAUAGGUAAGCUGUGCUAAAAUGGAGAAAAUAAUCAUUGUCAGACUAGAUGUCCAUCCUAGAAAAGUCAGCAUAGUACGAUUAAAAAGUCAACGUGACGACAGUAUUUAUAUAAUUAUAUAUUUAUUAGCUAAACAUUCUGCAGAUGAGCCAGAACUAUAGUUCUUGUUCAUGUUUUAAGCUGUGAUUUAGGAGGUUUGAGGCUGUGGACUGGAGUGAUUUUAAUAAAUAAACAAAAACUGUAUGAGGUGUGAAUGGUUAUGAACAAGCGCCUUUUCCAGGAUGCCCAGAUUGUGACUUGAAUCGAUGGAACUCGCAGGUCAAAGGUCACAGGAGGGCGAGAGACAGAUGUUUCAUAAUUACAUGACACACUUUCUGUAUGUUAGAAACACAACAUCACACUGAGCAGCAACGCACCUGAGGGCCUCUGAGCUAUAUCGUAUAGGGCCCACACACACACACACACACACACACACACACACACACACACACACACACACACACACACACACACACACACACACACACACACACACACACACACACACAGCUGGUUCAUCACUGGCCUGUAAUCUUGGUUGUCUGACUUACAGUAGCUCUCCUCUUUUUCAUCUUUGGGUUUACACACUUCAGAACACACAAACUCUCAUUGUAUGAAUCUACACAGAACUUGCCUCUGUAUGACUCGCAGUUCUGGCUAUUUAAAAACUGCAGUAACUUAUAUUAAGUAACAUUUUAUCUUUUACUAUUAAUUAAAACAAUAGACUGACGUUUAA